AAAUAAAUAAAUAAAUAAAAUGGAAACACCAGCUUCUGACCAUGUCAUUCUAUUCAUGGAUAGUCAAGACCAUAACCAAAAAACUCAUUCCCUUGAUCAACCAAACCCCAAAAGGAACCUACUGCCCGACGCCAAAUUACCGCCUCUGCCCCCCUCCUCAGCCCAAUCCCUACGUCGUUUGAGCUUCUCUAAGCCCAAAGCCCGUUUAGUUGAGUUCUCUCGUCCGUUAACCCAAAAAUUUGCCUACGAGCCCGAAGAGUCCGAGCACUUGAAAAAAUUUUCGGACACUUCUGACACAGACGACGAGGAUAGUGAGGACGAAGAGUACCGCGAGUACGACGAGGAUGGCUUCCGCAAGCAAAAGCCGCGUAAAAAGAAACUCAAAAUCAAUUGGAAAAUCUUGAUAGAGUGGAUAAUAUUCAUCACACUAUCCACAAGUUUAAUAUGCUCUCUCACGAUACCGACGCUCAAGAGGCAGCUCGCGUGUGGGCUCGGGCUAUGGCGUUGGUUUUUAAUGAUUUUGGUUAUAUUCAGCGGCCGUCUUGUAUCCGGUUGGAUAAUCAAAAUCAUGGUGUUUUGCAUCGAGAGGAAUUUCAUGCUGCGCGAGAAGGUCUUGUACUUCGUAUACGGGAUUCGUAGGAGCAUCCAAAACUGCGUGUGGCUAGGGCUCGUCCUCGUCUCGUGGACCUUCAUCUUCAACGCAAAGCUCCACAAGAAGAAUGCGCUCAUGGAGAAGUCCUUCCAAGCCCUAGUUGCCUUCCUCAUCGGGGCCACGAUCUGGCUCGUCAAGAUCGUGCUCGUCAAAGUGCUCGCCUCGUCAUUCCACGUCACCACCUACUUCGACCGCAUGAAGGAGAGCGUGUUCGUUCACUACGUUCUUGACACGCUGUCGGGCCCACCCAUGGAUGACGUGGCGUACGAGGAGGCCCACUGCCGGAACCUUGGUGUGUCGAGGUCGAUGCCGGCCAGGAUAAGGGACUCGUCUAGGGUUUUGUCGAGGAGGUACGGGACGAAGAGGAUAGAUAUAGAGAAGCUGAAGAAGCUGAGCAUGCAGAGCACGGGGUCCGCAUGGACAGUCAAGAGGCUGGUCAACUAUGUGAGGUCGUUCGGGUUGACCACGAUAUCGAAGGCUGUCGAUGAGUUUGGUCGGGCCGAGUCCGAGAUCACCAGCGAGUGGGAGGCAAGGAGUUGUGCCAAGAGGAUAUUCAAGAAUGUGGCCAAGCCCGGUGCCAAGUACAUUGAAGAAGAUGAUCUGAUGAGAUUCCUGAAGAGAGUAGAAAUCCACACCAUUUUCCCACUCUUCGAAGGCGCCCUCGAGACCGGCAAGAUCACAAAAUCUGCUUUCAGAAACUGGGUGGUAAGGGCUUACUAUGAGCGUAAGUCGCUGGCCCACUCGCUGAACGACACAAAGACGGCCGUGCAGCAGCUUCACAAGGUGGCAAGCGCAAUUGUGAGCGUGAUAAUAGUCGUGAUUUCGCUCAUGGUCAUGGGAGUUGCCUCCACAAAAGUCAUAGCCUUCAUGCUGACUCAGCUUCUCCUUGUCGGCUUCACCUUCCAGAACAUGUGCAAGACCGUUUUCGAGUCCAUAGUCUUCGUCUUUGUCAUGCACCCUUUCGACAUCGGUGACCGUUGUGUGAUCGAUGGAGUCCAGCUGAUAGUUGAGGAGAUGAACAUAUUGACCACGGUUUUUCUAAGAUAUGACAAUGAGAAAAUCUACUAUCCGAAUUCGGUCUUGAUCACGAAGCCCAUUAGCAACUUCUACCGAAGCCCGGAAAUGUGCGACACCAUCAAUUUCACAAUCGACGCCUCCACGCCAACCGACACCAUAUUCGCACUCAAGAAAGCAAUACAAACUUACAUUGAGAGCAAACCAAAGUACUGGAUCCCGAAGCACUCUGUUAUAGUGAAAGAAAUAGAGAACAUGGACAAGUUGAAGAUGGCUUUAGGCGUACAGCACACAAUCAACCAUCAAAACUAUGGGGACAGGAAUAUUCGAAUAACAGAGCUGAUACUCGAGUUGAAGAAGAUGUUCGAGAACCUAGACAUUACGUACCAUCUUCUUCCUCAGGAAAUUCACCUCACACAGGUAAACAUGGGCAAUUGGAGGAUGCCAUUGCCUUGAAUGAACGAAUACCAUUUAUGCGAUUUCUAUGUAUGUUUGCAUUGGUUGAUCUCUUAUCUCUAGGAACUUGUGUGUGUAGAGAGGUUUUUAUUUUUUAAAUGUAAGUGCCAUUUGAAAUACCUAUUUAUUACUAGCUCAAGCGGUACCCUUCACAAGGAAGGAAGGGCCAUAAAUCUUUGAUGUAAUCACCUACCCACGACUCCACCCCUAACCAUUAGAAAAAGGUCCCUAACUGUUAAAAUGAAAGUCCCACUGUAACAUGCAGAUUUCCUAAACUACUUCUAGUUUUACUUGGUUGGGUGAAAAAGUGAAAAACGUUUUCAAUGCAUGGGCACAAUUUUAUUCAUCUGAAUAAUGGAAAGAAGUGAACAGGAAAAACUCACUAUGAUUUCAUAUUCCACGAAUGAAAUCAAGAAAGCAAUUUAAAUACCCACAAAUGCUAGCAAUAACAGGCUAACAGCAUAAACAAUGAAUUAGUCUACAUCAUAACCGCAGCAUCUUCACACUGCUCAAUGGAAAUUCAAGCAACAGAAGCAUCUUGAAAGUAGUUACAAGCAUAAAUGACAACAUUUCAUUUAGCAAAGAUAAAGCCUCACAUCUACUAACGGCUGGAGCCACUGAACUAUUUUCAUAACUGAGAAUAGAUAAAUCUUUAGAAUGCAGAAAGCAACACAAGAAUAUACCUUAUUUUACGGCGUGCGAGUAUUUACACUCUGAGAUUUUUGCACUCGAGGAUGGACCCGUAAGAUUGAAAUGCCACCACGAGCAUAACUAAGCUUUCUCAGUCAACAGCCUCAUUUCGCAAUCGUAAAGAAAAAAGCCCCCAAGUCCAAGAUAUAUACCAGCGUAUGUAGAACACGAUCCCGAAACUGGGUUGAUCGAGUAAAUAUUAUCCCACAGGGUACUUUCGCUGUAAUUUUCGCAAUGCACAGCGAAGAGUGAAUCAUAGAGCACGAACCUAAAGCCGUCUCUAGAUUAUCAGAAAUUAUACCGACGGCUUGGGGCAUUUUGGGCUUGAUGGGCAUCUGGGUAAUAUUGCC